AUGGAAGACGUCCCCAUGCCCGACGCGCAGAAUGCGCCCGCCGACGCUGCUGCGAAACAGCCGGACCAGAAAGUAGCCUUGACACCGCCCACAAGCGAGGAUAUGGACCGAGGCAAAAGGGAAGGCUCGUCGUCCGAGCUGUCUGAGCUCGAGCUCGACGACGACGAGGAUAUUGGCGAGAUCGAGCCUGACCAUUACUGGGACGGUGGAAAGAUCCCCGUCUUCAAGCCUACUAUGGACCAAUUCCGGAGUUUCAAGAAGUUCAUCGAUAAGAUUGAUAAGUACGGGAUGAAGUCGGGUAUCGUCAAGGUCAUCCCGCCCAAGGAAUGGCGCGAUUCACUUCCGAACCUUGACGAAGCUGUCAAGAAAAUUAAAGUCAAGAAUCCCAUUACGCAGGACUUCUCCGGUUCUCGCGGCCAAUACACUCAGCAGAAUGUCGAAAAGCAAAGAUCGUAUAAUCUGCCAGAGUGGAAGGCUUUAACUAAUCAAUGGGAACACCAACCUCCGGCAAAGCGUGGCGAACGCCGUGGUGAUCAGCCUGCACCUACCAGGACAAGAGCACCACGCAACCGCGAGUCUAGUGCGGCUGCCACACCCGCUGAACCCGGUGUUAAACGAACACGAGGGAGACCUCGAAAGAAUCCUCCAAAAGAAGUGAAAAAAGAAGUCGAAGAAGACUCGUCGGUGAUUGAGUCUGUCGAGCACGUGGAAACACAAAGUAGUGUUCCUCCGACUCCGUCAUCACCACCGGAAGAAACGACUGCCGUGAACAAGAAAGUCGCCACUCUGCAGAAGGAGGCUGGUGAUGGUUCACCAAAGCCAAGAGGUCGCCAACCAAAAUCAAUAUCUUCACGCCGGAAGCACAACAGAGGAGAAACAACAGACGAAGUCGACGAGAAGGCCUUCGAAGACUUUGACUACCACCUUGAAGGCGUUGACGAGUUCACUCCCGAGCGCUGCGCCGAGCUGGAACAAAACUAUUGGAAGACCAUCAAUUUCGGCCAGCCUAUGUAUGGUGCUGACAUGCCUGGGUCACUUUUCGAUGAAUCCACUACCAGUUGGAACGUCGCAAAGCUAGAGAACCUUCUUGACGUCCUUGGAACCAAGGUUCCUGGUGUCAACACCGCGUACCUCUACCUAGGAAUGUGGAAGGCGACCUUCGCGUGGCACCUGGAGGAUGUCGAUCUCUACUCGAUCAAUUAUAUCCACUUUGGAGCCCCAAAGCAGUGGUACAGUAUCUCGCAAGAGGAUGCACGGAAGUUUGAGAAUGUCAUGAGAAGCGUCUGGCCCAACGACGCGAAGAACUGCAGCCAAUUUCUACGUCAUAAGACAUACCUCAUCUCACCUCAGCGUCUUGAGAGUGAAUUUGGUAUCAAGGUCAACAAACUUGUCCACUAUGAGGGCGAAUUUGUGUUGACCUACCCUUACGGAUAUCACUCCGGUUACAACAUCGGGUACAACUGCGCAGAGUCAGUCAACUUUGCCACCGAAGCUUGGCUCGAGUACGGCAGAAUUGCGAAGAAGUGCGACUGCGAGAGUGACAGCGUCUGGGUAGAUGUUGAGGAAAUCGAGCGUAAGCUCCGUGGCGAACCGACUCCUGAAUACAUCGAAGAGACAGACGAGGAAGACGAGGAAGACGAGACCGAAGAAACCGGACACGACCUCCCCAGCCCACCUGCCAGCGUUAAGGGCAAGCCAAAGACAUCUAGGAAGAGGAAGAGGGAUGCUGGAGAGAAAGCUCCCGAAGGAAAGGUUAAACGCGUCAAGCUCCGCCUUAGAGUACCGAAGGAGGAACCCUGCGUCCUCUGCCCGAACGACGUGGCAUUUGACGUCCUUUUGCCAACCGAUAACGGGCAGAAGGCUCACCGUCUUUGUGCCCUAUAUACGCCAGAAACCUACAUCGUCGAGGAGAAUGGCGUCGAGCGCGUCUGCAAUGUGGCCAAUAUCGACAAAGCUCGCCUGGAGCUCAAAUGCAACUACUGUCGCUCGAAGCGUGGUGCCUGCUUCCAGUGCGCCUCGAAGAAAUGCAUUCGGGCCUUCCAUGCUACCUGUGCUGCCGCAGCUGGUGUGCAGAUAGACGAAGGCCCUGUGCCCACAUUCGAUGAGGAUGGCACAGAGUACUACUGUGACGGUUUCGAUCUUCGGUGCCGUUUCCAUCGUGCUAAGCGACCCAAGUUCACUGACGUCGAUUCGCUGGAGAACAACAAGCUCAUCACCGAAUUCGCCAAGUCCCUUGAGCCGAAGCAGGUUGUCCAGGCACAAUAUGUCGGCGGUGAAAUCUUCGCCGGCAUUGUCGUUGAGAACAAGCCUGAAGAGUUGAGCGUCAUCAUCGAUGUGCUCCCAGCCUGUUUCGAGAGGGUUGAGGUUGAAUGGAAAUACCUUUUGGUGCUUGACCCUGCACAGUCACUUCGCCCGAAGCCUUCUGCAAACGCGAAACCUCUCCCAGAGCAUCUCAACCAGGCUUCAUCUACGCUCAACGCAAAGAACCAGAAAGAUGGCCCGCCGGAGAUGGACACGCCCUUCUGCGACUCGAAUGCCGAGUUCAAGUGGGCGGAAUUCCACACUGCCGCAGCAGCAGAAGUCAAGAACCCCUUCCAGACCAAGAUCGACCUGGCCAAACCUCUUCAGCUUUGGCAUUAUCUUGGAAAGACAUCUACGGAAGCGAAGGCUCAGUACACCGAGGACCUGAGGAAGCGACAGCACAACCCGAAGAGCAAUUUCUUGGACACUGUCAAGCCGCCCCCUCGCUCUGCGCAAGCUUACCAUCCUCGGGCCAUUGGUCCUGCUUAUGUCUCUGGGGUAAAUGUCAACGCCCUAAACGGAGCAAUGGCCGCACAGAGGCAAUCGAUGCAGCCCCACUAUGGACAGAAGCCCUACGAGUACAAGCCACGUUCAGGCCCAGCGUACACUGCUCCGCAAACAGCUUAUUCACCCUACGCGUACAAUGGCCAGCCAGCCAACAGGAAUGCGCCUCUUUCCUAUACUCCACUUCCCCCUUACCCUUAUUCUCCAAGCACCUAUCAUGAUGCCCGAAGGUCGUCAGCUGGCUCGGCAAACUCGCCGCCAUCGCAAACACCUCAUCAUCCACCAAAUUACGUGCCUCCGUACCAUCAGACGACAUCGCAUUCGCCAUAUUCGAGCGCAUACAGUGCCAAUCAACCAAUCCACUACCCCAACUACCAUCGACCCUCGUUUUCGACCCCUUAUCAACAGCCAUUGCGCCCAGCUGCUACCUCUCCUCCAGCUGCUGGCUCGGCUGUUUCAGCGACUUCCAUGUCUCCGUCUGCACAUAGCGGCUCGCCGGCAAUACGCUCGGAUUCUAUUUCGUCGACAAGCUCGAAAUCAUCCGACCUUGAGUACAUACAAUUCUUGCAGAGGUUCCCUUACCUACUCAACGCAUAUCUACGUAGACCGAAGGUGUACGAGUCGCCAUACCCUGGGACGAGCGGGUUCUCUGAGGCGUACAAUCCUCGCAAGAUUCUAGCAGAGAGACAGGCGCAGCGUCAAGCUCCCCAGCCGCAGUGGGGCUAUCCGGGCACUAAUGGGCAUGGCGGUGGCCACCAACCUUACGGCUAUCAACAGCCCUAUGCCCCUGGUCAUCCUCCAACACAUGGCAGCCGCCCAGGGCUGAUGUUCCAAAGCGCACAGGACUUCCGAGCUGAUGUAAACAGAACGCAAGCAACACAGAUGAGCAAUAUGCCCAAGUUCGACAUGUUGAUCAAGCAGCUUUCCCAGGCAAACGAGACGGCCGCCCGGCGCUUCGCAGCUCGAACACAGGCUCACCAGGCCCAACAACAGCAGGAUACUCCGGCUCAAGCUCAAGCUCAGAGUUCGUCGACAGCUGCUGCUGCGGCGGCGGCGGCGGCGGCGGCUGCGGCCGCAGCAGCGGCAGCCGUAGCAGCAGCAUCUCAACAAGGCCAACAACCACACCAGCGGCAAGUGCCACCACCACCCACCGCAACACCUCUCGGUGGCUACACCGGACCGUCUAACACUCGCGGCUACAGACCGGGCUACGGCUACGACAGCGGCGCAUUCGGACCGGACACGCAGACCAAGGUGCCAUCGCCGUUCAACCACACGCCUCCUUCGCAGCGCGCCGUGCCUCACGUUCCUGCUCCCGUUUCCGCGCCCGCCCCAGUGACGCCGGCUAGGCGACCGUCGUCGUCGAGUGCUCGUGAAGGUAAUGGCGCGGGUGGUAAUGAUGGUGGUGAAGCGGAGGGAAGGCGUACGCCGCAGCGCCCCGCGGUCAGUCCGCUCAGCGAUGCGGGUGAGGAUCGCAUGGGGGCGACGACGCCACCGCCGCAGCCGUCUGCAGCACCGGUUUUGGAUGGACAACAGACGGCUGCUAUUCCGCCGCCGCAGAAGGAGGCGGAGGCGAACGGGGGUGCGAGUGGAAGGGAGACGUGGCGGUAUACUUGA